GGCUAAAGCCCAUGCACAGAACUGCAGCGAAGGACCUCAGGCAGGCAGCGAUGUCGACGAGGUGCAUCUCUUCUCUCGCUCUCCUCUCCCCAUCCGGCUCCGGGAAGUCCUGCGCGGUGGUCAGAGCGCAUCCCGCACUCUCUUCCGCCGCGCGAAGCCGGAUCCGGACCCACAUGUCGGUGGCCACCGGCAGCGAGCAGGCCCUGACGGCCCAGGAGCAGUCCCAGGAACCUGAGUAUGGAGUUGUUAGCAUUCACCAUGUUGGAAUACUAUGUGAAAAUCUUGAAAGGUCAAUUGCCUUCUACCAGGACCUCCUUGGUCUUAAGGUGAAUCCUGCCAGGCCAACUGACAAGCUUCCUUACAGAGGUGCUUGGCUCUGGGUUGGUUCUGAGAUGAUCCACUUGAUGGAGCUGCCAAAUCCGGAUCCACUGACAGGACGGCCAGAGCAUGGCGGGCGGGAUCGCCAUACCUGUAUAGCCAUCAAAGAUGUGUUGAAGUUGAAAGAAAUCUUUGACAAAGCUGGAAUCAGCUACACACUCAGCAAAUCUGGGCGACCAGCGAUCUUUGCACGAGACCCUGAUGGAAACGCGUUGGAAUUCACCCAAGUGUAGCAGCUUAUUAAGGGACACAUUUCCAACUAGAACAGAAUAGCAUUACGGUUGUAAGAAUAUACAGUACCAGUGUACCCGACCUUGUCGCAGGUCUUGCUGUUUAGAUACCAAAACCUGUCUGGGGGUACUCUGCUUUGUGCCUUGUACACAUGAAUCGAGUAAAUAAGAUGUACCACAUGAUGAUAGAUUGACUGUAAGUCAUAUCACGGUUUUUGAGCACCGAAAAAUGUUGACAACUUGGGAUAUCGACAAAUGAAUAUUGUAAAUUCCUUCCAGAUCAUGAUGCUACUUCUUACAUUUAA